CGAAACCCGACAACUGGCUUUGACAAUGUGCUUUGUGGGUUCAUAGAAUGGAAAUCCACCCCUCAUAUCUCAGACAACUGAAAUUUAACCAGAAUAUUGGGGGCGUGCGAGCAAUCACACAUCAUCCGGCUGCAUACCGCUAAGGCCGUGACUCUUUUCAGCCGCGCCCCCAGCCACUCAGCUCUGUGAAUGUCACCGUGACGCUGCAAUGACAAAAGACUUGAAGCGACACCCUUAUCCUGCAACGCCAUAGAUCUGGUCACUUCUCUGACCUCCUGGCAUUUCACUCUUUUCGUACCUCAAUAUGGGAGAGUUAUCUGCAGACCAGUCGACCGUGCUUGAGAUUUUCAAGGGGUGCUGUUCGGCAGAAGGCCUAUUAGGGCGUCGGGAGGGGUUACAGGCUGGGGAUGUGGAAGAUGGGAUCACAGACAACACUACCCUUUUACGAUAUUUGGAGGCCCGUCACAGGGACCCAAAGGACGCCCUAAAGCAAUUGCAAGAGGCAGCCCAGUUUCAGGCUGAUAGACAGGUUCUCCGUCUAUAUGAUCUGAUCUCCGUGAAUGAUUAUGAGGAGACACGAAAGCUGUAUCCUCACUGGACGGGACGACGGGACCGCCGAGGGCGACCUAUCAUGGCGCUUGAUGUCGCUCAUUUGAAGGCAUCGACUAUGGCAGCCUGGAGGAAGACGCGUGACAUUUCAAGGCAAACUGAAAUGAUUUUAUCGAACCCAAUCAUUCCGGACAUGGAACAACGCGCAGCAAUACAUUUUGAUAGCCUAACUCGAUUCGUGCUCCCGCUUUGUACAGCCAUGAGCGACCGGCCUGACCCGACCAUCCCCAUCACCAAGUCAAUCUACAUCGUCGAUGCCUCUGCCAUCUCGCUGAAGCAAGCCUGGGAUUUGCGGGAUUUUGCACGCGAUAUCAGCUGGAUCCUGUCCACCUGCUAUCCCGAGACCAUUGAUCGGAUCAUUGUGGGUAAUGCGCCCUUCUACUUUGCCAAGAUCUGGGCUUUUAUGAAGAACUUUGUCGACCCCAUGACGGCGGACAAGCUGGUCAUCACCAGGCCCACGGAUGCAUACGCGACCAUGGCAAAAUAUAUGGAACACAAGGAUAUCCCAAGCCAGUUCGGAGGAGGUUUCCAGUUCACGAAUGGGAUGCUGCCGGAUUUGGAUGAGGGCAUACGGCAGGCUCUACAGUGGACUAUCUCCAGUAAGGAGGCAUUCCCGCAAGGGCCAAUCAAGUGGACCGAAGAUGAGAAUGGCCAGCGACGGGCCGUGGCAACAGGAAGCAUUGAUAGUCGGCAGCGAUGCGAGGAAGUUGCAAUUCUUCCAGUGAACCCGACAAUACAUUCGCAGCUACCGAAUUGA